AUGGCAGCCCCGUUGUGCAGAGUGUGCCGCCAGCACACGGCAGGGUACACGUGCCCGCGCUGCAACGCCCGCUACUGCUCCCUGGACUGCUACAGGCAGCACUCGGACCGGUGCACGGAAGGCUUUUACAGGGAUUCCGCGGUGUCGGAGCUGCGCAGCAUCAGUGCAGGCGAGGAUGAGCGGCAGCGCAUGCUGGAAAUCCUGCAGCGCAUGCACCAGCAGGAGCUGGGCGGCGGCGGCAGCGGCGCCAGCAGCGGCGACGAGGGCGGCGAGGAGAGCGAGGAGGAGGGCGGGCUGUCGGCCCAGACGCUGCACCGCCUGCUGGCCAAGAUGGAGGCGGCUGGGGGCGUGCUGGAUGUGGGCGCCGACGACCUGAGCCCCGCUGAGCUGGCGGCCUUCCACCGCGCGCUGGCGGCGGGCGAGCUGAGCGGCACGGUGCAGCCCUGGCAGCCCUGGUGGCUGUCUGAGGCGGCGGCGGGCUUGGAGCUGGGUGCGCGGGGCACGCCGCUGAUGACGGCGGUGGGGGAGGGCGAGACGGGGCAGCAAGGUGGCGACGGGGGCGCCCCGCAGCAGCGACAAGCGGGGGGCAGCAGCGCGGCAGGCGCCGCGCCUCUGGCAGCAGCAGCAGCGCCUGGGGCGGCAGGUGGUGGCGGCGGGCUGCCCGAGCCGCCCAGCCGCGCGCUGCCGCCGCUGGCGGCGCUGACCAAGGCGGCGCCGUCACCGCUGCUGCAGUACCAGCUGCUGGAUCUGCUGUACGCGUACUGCCUCACCCUCAGGCUGUACAAUGGCGACUACCAGUGCGAGGCGGAGGCGGCGGCAGGCCUGCUGUUUGGCAUGUCAGCGGUGCUGGCAGCCGUGGCCCCCUCGCCUGGCGGCGGCGGCGGCGAGGGCGAUGCCGCCGCCGUGCCGUCAGUGCUGCUGGGCUGCCUGCAGCGCGCUUGCCAGCCGCCAGCGGGCAGCCAGGACAGCAGGGGCUUUGCCAUCGGGGUGCUUUCGGAUGUUGCGGCGGUGCUGCAGCUGGGGCGGGCGGUGGUGCUGACGGCGGUCAUGGACCUGUCGCGGGUGCUGGAGGCGGCGCGGCAGCAGCUGGAGGGGGCAGCACCUGAUGCCAGUGGCAGCGGCGGUUCGCCGAGCAAGCAGCAGCGGAAGGAGCUGCGCAGGCGCCUGGUGGCUGCCGAGCGCAAGCUGCUCUUCUUCCUGGCAUGGGCCAACGAGCAGCCCCCUGAAGUGUAUGACCUGCUAGCGCUGGCUGUAGCGGCAGAGCACCGGCAGCAUGCGGCAGCAGCAGCAGCGGCCGGAGGCAGCCCUGAUAUACAAGUGACAGGAUCCCAGCCCGGGGCUGGCAGCAGCAAAGGCGACGGCGCCAGCAGCGGCGGCGGCGCGCCAGCGGCGCCUCGGGCUGUUCUGAUUGAGGAGCUCUGA